AUGAGUUACUAUAUUUACGGUACCGAAUUGAACGACCCAGUGAUUAAAGACUUAAUCAAAAAAUCAGUUGAACUUACAUUGACUACUGAUAGUGAGGACCUCAAAGAGCAAUUGGCACGGGCUAAGUACCCAGAGUAUCUUUCCCCAACCAAUCCUGACGAAGAAGGGAAAUACAAGGCAAUUAAGAAUCCCGAUGCUGCUAAGAAUGAUCGUGGACAUUUGGGAGAUCCUUCAUUUUCAAAUUUAUUUCCAAAAGAUGCCAAGUUUAAAAAGUUCGAUUUAAGUCCAAAUUUUGGUACUGAAAUUGAUGGGAUUCAACUUAGUGAAUUGGAUGAUGCUGGAAAGAAUGAUUUGGCAUUAUUUUUAGAAACAAGAGGUCUUGCUAUUUUCCGCAAUCAAGAUUUGAGAGAUAAAGGUCCAAAGUUCUCAAAAGAAUUUGGUAACUACUUUGGUCCCUUACAUGUUCAUCCUAUAAGUCUUGCUGCCAAGGACUAUCCUGAAUUAUUUGUAACAUAUAGAAAAGCAGGAGAUGGUACCAGACAUGCCAAAGAAUAUGCUCAAACUAAUACCCAAUCUGCUUGGCAUUCUGAUAUUAGUUUCGAAGAGUAUCCAUCUUCCUUCUCUUUUUUUGUUGCUCUUGAAGCUCCUGAGUCUGGUGGGGAUACAGUUUUCCUCGAUACUAGAGAAGCUUAUAGAAGAUUAUCGCCAACAUUUCAAAAAUUCUUUGAAGGGUUAACUCUUAUUCAUUCAAAUUAUUAUCAAAAUUUGGGUGCAAAAUUAAGAAAUAGCGUAGCAAAGGUCAAGGCUGAUUAUUUUACCGAACACCCAUUAGUUAGAACUCACCCUGUCACUGGUGAGAAAGGGUUGUUUUUCUCUCGUGGUUUUGUCCAAAGAGUUAAAGGUGUCAAGCCAGCAGAAUCAGCCGCUAUUCUCAACUUCUUACAUGAACAUGUACUCAACAAUCCAGAGAUUCAAGUAAGAGCAGCUCAUAGAGGAACUGAUUCUGGUACUGUCAUUGCUUGGGAUAACAGAAUUCUUUUACAUACGGCUGCUACUGACUUCUUGCAACAUGAGACUGGACCUCGUCAUCACUACAGAAUUACUGUAGUUGGUGAAAAGCCUUAUUAUGACGAAAAUCAAGAAGUUAAAGUUGAAGUCGGUGGAAAACUUUAA